CGUUACACAACGCUUUGAGCCUCAUUUGCCUCGGCGACGUAUCGGGGACCUCAACCCCGGCAAGCUCUGGCAUUGGGUACCGCUUAUGGCUGAGCGCAGUUCGAAGGAUUCGAAAGUUCGAAACAGACGACAAUGGGCAAUGGAGUGACGCGUACAUCAACGGGUCAGCCUACGAUAGGCACUUUAUGCAUUACGCUCUUGGACUGAUCACGGUUCUUUAAAACGGAGGUCACGCUGCCGUCGUCGAGAUGAAUAUCCUGAUCGAGACACGCUCACUCCUCGCUCAUCAACAGGGUCUCAGAGAGACCUGAACAUCACCUACCUACCUUACCUACUACUGUUCUCCUCCCGUCCGACACCGCCACCAUGCGGUCCUCAUCUCCCUCGUGGACGCUCUGGUCCAUGACUCUCCUCCUCUCGGCAUCCUCAUCCGCCUUCCAUCCCCUCCAGACCCGGCAGGUGGGCGACACCUCCUUCAACUGGACGGCCAUCACGCCCACUCCAGACCUUCAAUACCACUCUUGCUAUGGCGGAGCCUUUAAGUGCGCUCGGCUGCAGCUUCCCCUGGACUACUCCAAGGCUGGCCCACCUGGAAAGCCCUACCUCAACAGCACCCAGCAGCAACAGCACGCCGCCAUCGCCAUCGUCACCCUCCCGGCCACGGUCCCGCCCACAGACCCGUCCUACGCCGGUCCCGUGCUCAUCAACCCAGGCGGCCCCAGCGGCUCCGGCACGAACAUGGCGCUGGCGGCGGGCCCAAUGAUCCAGCAGCUGCUCGACGUGCCGGGCAAGCGGCACUACGACAUCGUGGGCUUCGACCCGCGCGGCGUGUCGCUAAGCACGCCCAGCGCGUCAUGCUACGCGACAGAGUUCGACCGGUCCGCCAACGCGCUGCAGCAGCGGGGGUUGCCCAGCGUGCUGACCGACCAGGGCCUGUGGGUGCACUUUGAGGCGAGCCGUGCGCUGAGCCGGUUGUGCAAGGAGACGACCGGGGAGAAUGGCGUCUUUCGGCAUAUGUCGACGGCUAGUGUGGCCAGGGAUAUGUUGGAGAUUGUGGAGGGGUUGCAUAAGCUGCGGAAGGGGGCUAUGACGAAUGGGAAUGAGACGAGCAAGCGGUGUGGUGAGGAUGGGGAGGUGCCGAGGCUGCAGUACCUUGGUCUCUCCUACGGCACGUACCUGGGCAAUACCUUUGCGUCGAUGUUUCCCGACCGGGUCGGGAGGAUGGCGAUUGAUGGGGUUGUUGACGCGGAUGAUUACACUGCCGGGACCUGGCAGAAGAACAUGAUAGACUCGGAAGCCGAGCUGGACAUCUUCUACAACCUCUGCUUCGACGCCGGCGACGCAUGCCCGCUCCGCAACAGCCAGGACACCAGCGCGGCCGACAUCCGCACCCGUGUCAUCACGCUGAUCCAGCGCCUCAGAGAAUCCCCGGUUGCCGCAGUGCACAACGGCCGCGUGCACAUCGUCUCGUCCCUCAUCGUCGCGGAAACCAUCCGGCAGGCCAUGUACACACCCAUCACGAGCUUCGCGCCUCUCGCGCAGACGCUGGCCGACUCCCUCUCCGGCAACUUCACGCGCAUCCUGUCCAACCCCGGCGUGGUGGGCGCCACCGCGCGCCCCAACGUCUGCACCGAACCGGAGCGGACCUCGCCGCCGCAGAAGUACACCUUCUCCAACGAGGUCACGUCGGGCGUCGUCUGCGGCGACUCCCAAGCCUCGGCCGGCACGCGCGACUUCGCCUGGGCCCAGGCGACCGUGCCCGCCCUGCUCAACCAGUCCGCCACCGUCGGCGAGGGCUGGGCCCGCAUCCCGCUCGCCUGCGUCGACUGGCCCUUCACCCCGGCCUACGCGUUCCGCGGGCCCUUCGGCAGUCCCGCCCCGCCCCGGAGCAAUGGUACUAGUAGUGGCAGAGCGCCAUUGCUGAUCCUCUCGAGCAGGACGGAUCCCGCGACUCCGCUGGUGAAUGCCUUUGCGCUGUCGCGUCUGCACGGCGGGUCGUCGGUUGUAGUGCAGGAGAACGCUGGCCACACGGCGCUGUUCUCUUCGGUCAGCACCUGCAUGUACGGGAUUCUGCGGGAGUACUUUGCCUCGGGCACCGUCCCGGCCAAUGGGACCGUUUGUGAGGCGGACUGUGCGCCGGCGAUCCCGUACAAGGAGUGUCCUGGUUUGCCUCAGAUGUAGGGGGCGACGAGGUGAUGUUACUGGUGGUAUUCUAGUAAGAAGGGGAGGUUAUUUGGGGGCAGCUGCUAAGGGUUUGGACGUGUGGAAAGGGAUUGACGGUGGAAUGGGCCCGAGAGGGGGAACUUAAUUUAUUCUGUACUCUUUUGGGCGGCCUGCAGCCUGCGAGGCGGGUUUGACGACCAAUAGGGUCCUAAACACUCUUUCCGCCGCCCCUUCCUCGGUCGAGUGACGGGAGUAUGUCAGUGGGAGUGAGGCUUCGGCCGUCUCAAUGGCCCAUUCGUGUAAAACCCCCUCUUCUAAGCUGUCCCUCCUUUUCCUUCUGUCCAUUGGUGCCA